CGACGCGACUAGCGACCACUGACUCAAAAGUCUAUUACAUCAGCGCUCAAACAUUCAAGAUGGCUGGUUUCCCUGCGCCACCACUGAAAGACUGGGAACGCGCGGACAAGCUGAACGUCGAGUUUGUUGGCUACGGAUGGGAGGGAAAACGCGUCAUUGUCCGUUUCCACCUCCCGAAGGACCGCAACAACGAGCGCGUCCAGCUCGCGCUUCUAUACAUGGGACGCGACAUGAAGCAUUCCAAGAACUGGGCGUGCGAGUUCUGCGGCAAACCCUCGCGGGAGACACAUGUGGAGAUGCUCUCCUGGCAGCACCUCGACCCGCCGCGCCUCGUCUUGUACAUACACUUCGUGUGCGACAUCGACGAGCCGCACGUCAUGCAAGGCCUGACUUCGUGCCACAACAUGCUGAACACGAUGCACAUGGGCCAGCUCGGGCCGAUGCCCGACCGCCUGGAGAGGCAGCCGGGCGCGGUGUAUGCUCUAGCGGGCAGUUGCGCGUGCUGCGAGCGCGACGAGACCGCUGCGAAUGCGCAGACGUUGAAGAAGUGCAGCAAGUGCAAGCUGACGAGGUUCCACAGCCUCGAAUGCCAGAAGAAGGACUGGCCAAGGCACAAAGUUACCUGUAGCCAGAUUUACUCGGUCACCUUCGAGAACUGGGAGUGAUGCCUGAGGUGAACGAUGAGGCUGCUCUCUCUGAGCCCGAGUGGUUCGCUUGCAUUACACAAGCGACCGACUGUACAACAUCAUAACAUCACUAUAAAGGAUCAUCGUUCCACGAGCUGUACUGCUACAUAUUUC